GAAUUAGUACGGAAAAUGUAUCCAUUAAGUGUAGUUCUCAGUUUGCUGGUGGCAGCAUCUGUUGCAAGCCGAAAAUUUCCACCAGGAUUCAAAUUCGGGGCAGCAACAUCGUCCUAUCAGGUGGAAGGUGCCUGGAAUGUUAGCGACAAAUCACCAAGUAUAUGGGACACAUUCACCCAUGACAAUCCUGAUUUAAUCGUCGACAGAUCGAAUGGUGAUGUGGCUUGUGACUCGUACCACCUGUGGGAAACAGAUAUAGCUGUAGCCAAGGAGCUGGGCCUGCAUUUUUACAGAUUCUCAAUAUCAUGGCCCCGAUUACUUCCCAACGGCCAUUCCAAUUAUGUGAGCGAAGAUGGGAAACGAUAUUACAACAAUUUGAUAAACGGUCUAAUUGCGAAUGGAAUUGAACCAGUCGUCACUUUAUACCAUUGGGACCUACCGCAAAAGUUGCAGGACUUGGGUGGUUGGACUAAUCCUGACCUAGCAAGUUGGUUUGAGGAUUACGCGGAAGUCGCCUUCAGUCUUUUUGGAGAUCGGGUCAAGACCUGGUUAACUUUUAACGAGCCGGUCAGCUUCUGUGAUAUUGCGUAUGAAGCUGGAAAAACGGCACCCGGAAUCACUCUACCUGGUAUAGGGAAUUAUAUAUGUGCUAAGGUUGUGAUGCUGGCUCAUGCUAGAGCUUACAGGCUAUACGAUACUAAGUUCAGGCUGCGGUAUCGAGGAAAGGUUGGUCUAACGAACCAACUCCUGUGGUGUGAACCAAAGAACUCUGACGAGGUAGAGAAUACAGAGCUUAUGCGUAACGCUAUGGCAUUAUACUCUUAUCCUAUAUACUCAAAGACUGGUGGGUGGCCUCCUAGUGUUGAGAAAACUAUCGCCGAGAAAAGUAAAAAAGAAGGAUACAGUCGAUCCCGCUUGCCUUCAUUCACACAGGAAGAAAUUGAAUUCAUUAAAGGUACAUAUGACUUUUUUGGUCUCAAUUAUUACACCUCGCGAUUGGUUGAGACUGCCAAGCCAGGCGAAAAGCUCUCCUGGUUGCCACUGAAAGGCAGCACGGAUCUCGGUUUGGCAUUAACGGCUGAUCCUAGCUGGAAGGAGGGUAAUGCAUGGCUGAUUAGCUACCCUCCAGGUAUUCGGCGUCUGUUGCUCUGGUUGAAGCAGAAGUUCGGUGAUAUUGAAUUCAAGAUUAUGGAGAACGGAUAUUCCACUUCCGAACCCGUUAUGUAUGAUGACGAAAGAGUAAACUACUACAAGGACCAUUUGGAACAGGUGCUUCUUGCUAUAAACGAGGAUAAAGUCUUUGUAACGGCAUACACUGCGUGGAGCCUUCUUGACAACUAUGAGUGGAAUAGUGGAUACACGUCAAGAUUCGGCUUAGUGAACGUUGACUUUAACGAUCCGAUGCGCAGGCGCACCCCUAGAGCCUCCGCCAACUACUACGCAGCUGUGAUAAGGAGCCACUCUCUUGACCUUAAUAAUCAUUAAUCGCGUAUAUGUUUAAAACAAUAUUAUGAGCUCGUGACCUAAGAUUUACCACAUU